AUGCGAGCUCUGACAGGACCGCGAGGUACGGAGGGCGCUAGGAAGGAAGCCAGCCGGCCAGAUGGAACGCCUCCUGGCGGGUCCCGAGCUCGGCGCCUGCGAGCGCCCCUGGGCGGCUCGGCGGGGCACACCCGAGGGCGGCGGAGCCGACGGUCGGGCAGGAAAUCGGGCUUAGCACCUCCGCGCACAGAACCUAGAUCCCGGCCAGCUGCGCCGGUUAGCGGGCCCCCCACGUGCAAAACUGCUCCACUUCCUACCCUAACUCCACCGCGGCACUCACAGCCGCCUCUGCGCUUGCAGCUUCUGUCUCCAGUCCCAGACCGCACGUGUCGCACCCCCGCAGCCCCCCUCCACCCCCCCCCCAAGAUCUUCCCUGCUGCUGCCCUCCCUCCCUUCCAUCUUUCUCCCGCCACCCAAGCCGGGCCCUUGGCCAAGGGCCCUUUCCCAGCCUAG